GUAAGCGCAUACAGACACAAAAGUUACCCGCCUAAGAAUUAUAUCCAUUUCGGAUUAGGCCUCAUUAUCCAAUAUCUCAACAAAAUCAAAAACUCUUUCAAUGGCUCUUCUCAACGUCUCCAUGUCCUCAAAACUCCCAACAAAACUUCCUCAUCUUCAUCCUCAUCCUCCUCACCACAACCACUUCUCCCUCCCCUCAUAUCCUGCACCUCAUCUAGCUACACUACGCACUCCUCGGUCUCCUCAUCCUCUCUUGGAAAUUUCUCGAACUUCUCUCUUUUCUUCUGUGCUCCAAUCAGUCUCUAACUCAAGUUUGCUUGCUCUUCUCUCUGCUUCCCUCUUGGUGGUCGAUCCCGCACUCGCCUUCAAGGGUGGAGGUCCGUACGGUUCUGAAGUAACAAGGGGCCAGGAUCUUACUGGCAAGGACUUUAGUGGCAAAACUUUGAUCAAGCAAGACUUCAAAACGUCCAUUUUGCGACAAGCCAAGUUCAAAGGUGCCAACUUACUUGGUGCCAGCUUCUUUGACGCUGAUCUAACAGGAGCUGAUCUUUCGGAUGCUGAUCUGAGAGGGGCAGACUUUUCCUUGGCAAAUGUGGCAAAGGUGAACUUAAGCAACGCCAACUUGGAAGGUGCCCUUGCUACAGGCAAUACAUCAUUCAAAGGCUCCAUCAUAACAGGUGCUGAUUUCACUGAUGUGCCUUUAAGAGAUGAUCAACGGGAAUACCUCUGUAAAAUUGCUGAUGGUGUAAAUUCAAAAACUGGAAAUGCAACACGUGACACAUUGCUUUGCAAUUAGAGUACAUCAUUUCUCCAUGUUUGUAACAAAAGGGAUCAGUUACAGCUGCUAUUUACAAUAAAAAAGCUAUAAACAGGGUUCAGUGAAUUCUUUCUUGCACUGAACACAAUUAUGUUCAGACACUCAAGUGUUUGUAUAUCAGAUGACAUUAUAGACAGCUUUAUGUUUUGUUUUGAAGACAUCUACAAAGGUUACUCCUUACGAAAAAAAGGCUAUAAAGGAAGAAAACUUCUGUCUGUAAAAA